CCGUGAGGCGGAGGACAGUUCCGACGGUUCCCGCCGCGUGCCGCCGUGCGCGCGUUGCGGCAACGCCCCCUGGCGGCGGGGCUGGGCGGGGGCCCACGUGACUGACCCGGGGCCGCUUGCAGGGUGCCCGCCAUGAGCCAGCCGGAGGGGAAGGGCAGCGGCGCCCUGGAGGUGAAGUUCGUGCCCGACGAGGAGGUCCUGAAGCACAUUAUUGACGACGCAGGUAUUAAAGUACGGAAGGACAAGACUCAGCUGACAGUUAGUGUGAAGAGAUUUGUGAAGAAGCUUGAGAAUAUUUCAGACGACGAAGCUCAGGAGAUCCUGGAAGAGAAGAACUAUGUUGCUGCUCUUGGAAUAUGUGCCCAAGAUCCAAUGGGGAAUGGCUCAAGUGUAAGUGGUGGUGAAGUUUACUCAUUCCAGACUCCCAAACGCUCCAGCAAAAUGGCAGAGCUGGCCUCUGAAUUAGCCCAGACACCAGGACAGAGUGUUGCAUCUGAUCACUCGGAGUGCCCUGAGAAGACAGCCAAAACCCCUCAAAGCAGCAAACGUUCAAGUUCAAACAAAGUGCAGCAGAGGAGUAAAAAGAAAGAAUUUGUGUCUUCCACACCUUACAGACUCAGAAAGAGGCUAGCAGCUCCAGAUCCCUAUUUAGAAAGUGAGAGUGAAUAUUCUGCUUCCUGCUCAGAGGAGGAGGAUGAGGAAGACCAGAAAGAAGUCAGCGCUGUUUUAUCAGGUCAAAAGACCCCAGCAAAAACUAAGGCUGCAUCUACGCCUCCUCCCAGAAACACCCUAGCCAAAAAAAUUAAGGAGGACAAGAUGAGCAACCUGGUGGAGGAAUACUUUGAAGCUCACAGUAGUUCCAAAGUGCUCACUUCAGACCGAACGCUGCAGAAGUUGAGGAAAAGAAGAUUGAAUCAGCAAACACUGCAUGACCUUUUGAAAAAAACUCCCCUUGCAUAUGCUGCUGAAAUUAAAGAGCUGAACCAGCAACAUGAAUCCCUGUUUUCCAAGUGGAUGCUGCAAUUACACUUGGGUUUCAAUAUUGUGCUUUAUGGACUGGGCUCAAAGCGUGAUUUGUUAGAGAAGUUUCGUACCUCUGUGCUCCAGGAUUCUGUUCAUCUUGUGGUUAAUGGAUAUUUCCCCAGCAUCACUGUGAGAUCUAUUCUCAACUCCAUCACAGAGGAGGUCCUGGACCAUAUAGGGACCUUCCGCAGCCCCCUUGACCAACUUGAAUUCAUCAUUAAAAGGUUUAAAGAAGAUUCAUCUUUAGAGCUCUAUGUCCUCAUUCAUAACCUGGACAGCCAGAUGUUGAGAGGAGAAAGAAGUCAGCAGAUCCUUGCACAGUUAUCCUCCCUGCCUAGCAUUUACCUCAUUGCCUCUAUCGAUCACAUCAAUGCUCCUCUCAUGUGGGAUCAGGCAAAGCUAAGCCUUUACAACUGGCUUUGGUAUGAAACAACCACAUUUAGUCCUUAUGUGGAAGAAACGUCUUAUGAGAACUCACUUUUAGUACAACAAUCUGGAUCUUUGGCUUUGAGCUCCCUAACGCAUGUCCUGCACAGUCUCACUCUCAAUGCCAGGGGGAUAUUCAGACUGCUUGCUCAGUACCAGCUGGAGAAUAAGGACAACCCAUCUUAUCCAGGGCUGUCUUUCCAAGACUUCUACCAGCAGUGUCGGGAGGCUUUCCUUGUGAACAGUGACCUGACACUCAGGGCACAGCUGACAGAAUUCAGGGACCACAAGCUCAUCCGGACCAAGCGGGGAGCUGAUGGUGUGGAAUACUUAUUAAUUCCUGUAGAUGACAGUACCUUGACCGACUUCUUAGAGAAAGAGGAUGAAGAUGUAUAACGUCUCUCUGUUCUCAAAGUGUCUACGGCAAUUGCUCUCAAGGGCUGCUGGAGAGGGGCCUAUACUCAGAUCUCUCUCCCUCCAACCCCAAGGCUGCUGGACUACUUACUGAAAUGUAGUAAUUGUAAUGAACGAUGCUCGUUGUUCAACUACUUCAGGUAGUUUGGAAUGAUGACUUCUGUAAGCAAGGCAUCUCUUGCUCUGUAGUUAGAUUUGUCUGCUUUGUCUCUUAGCUCAGAUGAUGCCUUCUUCACAUCUAUGCAGCCAACCUUACAGCCAGAAAAACAAACUCUGUAAGAUUGUGCCUUCUGCUCUCUACCUCACCAGACACGAGGGUUUGAUUGGAGCAGUUUACUUGGGAAGUGCAAAUCACUAGAUGGUCAGAGCUUUAGUUUGUACUAGUGGUGCAACUUUUCUCAACUGAGUGCUUUCCAGUACUCCUUUACCAGUUAGACAAGACUAGCUUCCAGUGUAUGAAGCAGCCAAGAUCUAUAAUGCUAAGAGAUCUGCCUUGACUGCAUGAGGAAUGGAGAAUACUAGUGGGUUUGAGACACUGUGGGUAACUUAUUAAAUUCUGGCAAUAGAACUGAAGGACGUGCCCCAAACCCAAAUCCUUUUAUAAGAAGAUUUAGAUAAUCAAAAUUGUGAUGGACUCAAGUCAUCACCUCUUGGUGAGGGCGAGAGGAUCCAGCUUUCAUCUACUUUCCAAGUUGCAAUCCAGGAAUAUGAAGAGGCUGUGAAGUGUUUUUGUUUAUUUUUUAAAAGCUUGAUUGUAUAUAUGUAUUUUUUACAUCAGGAGUGCCCACUGAUCCUGGAGGAGGCCUUAAAUGCCACUUACAAGCUCUCCCUUUUUUUAAGCCCUUAGAGGUUGGGCGACUGCUGAAGUUUGACAGCUUUUCUUCACUUUUUUUCUCAGGUAUGUGGGAGUAAGCCCUAUGGUUCCAUCAACUGUAGUCUGCCAGCCAGACUUCAGGGACUCUGUAUG